ACAAAACCGAAAACUACAAUGUUUCGCGUCUUCGGGAAGAAUAAACCUGUGAAAAUUAGGAGUUAUAAUGAUAACAGAAAGUACGGAGUUGCAGCAAAAGAUGUGAAGGAGUUGCUUAAAAAAGGCUGCAAGUUAUUACAGUUGCCACUUUCUGGUGCACAUAUUUGUUUGUGUGCGGAUGGGACAAAAGUGACAGAGGAAUUCUUCCCGACUCUGCCGGACAACACUGAACUUGUUCUUCUCUGUAGAGAUCAGACAUGGAGUGGGGUUGUGUGUGACAUCGGGCAGUUACUGAGCACAGACCGGCACGCUGAUAGCCUCAUUGAAGCGGCGAAAGGGCUCUUGUCUGAUGAGCAGUCUCCUAAGAGGCGAAAAAUCCUGACUGACCUGCUGCUGAACCUGGAGGACAGAUCUGAGCUGGAGAGCAGAAAGGAGGAUGAAGACUGGUUCAAAGGUGUUGAUGCUCGAUUCAAGACAAAGUCUGCCUACAUGAAGUUCAACUGUGAAAGCAGGAUACGUGGCUACAUGAAGGAGGUGGAUGAUGCCACCAAAGCCAUACAGAAGACUAAAGUCAGGGCAGAGUAUCUGAAAACAUCAAAGUGCCUGGGGGAAAUGCUGAAGACGGCAAGGUACAACGGCUGUUACUUUGACAGGACUGAAAAGGAGCCGGAUCGCCUCUGUACUCAGGAAGGAUGGUUUACCUGCCAGGGAUCAUUUGACCAGGAAGUGUGCCAGUCUCUCCACUCCAUCAAUCCCUACGGCAGCCGGGAGAGCAGGAUCAUCUUCAGUACAUGGAAUCUGGACCACAGGAUUGAAAAGAAGAGGACGGUCAUUCCCGCUCUGGUGGAAGCUCUACAGAAGCACAAGAGCACCGACGUCGACGUGAACUACUUCUACCGCCUGCUGUUCACCAGGGAAAACCUGAAGCUGGUUCACAUCGUGUGCCACAAGAAAGGAGCUCACAACCUGCUGUGUGACACCAAGAAGAUUUUUAGACAAGCCAGUGACACAGACAAGGGAAAACUGACAGCCAAAGGGAAGAAGAGGCGCUUGGUGUGAAUAUUUUUAACUUACUUUUAUGGAAACAUUUUUUGUAUUAAUUUGUAUGAACUGUGACACCUUAUGUGCUGCACUGAAAUUAUGUGAAUAUGUAUCUCAGGUCCACUGUAGCAUCAGAUCGAUGACAAAGUGACCUUUUACCUCACUUGAUUUUUGACCAUUAUUUAAUUCUGCUUCCUGAAUCUGCAGGACUUUAAUACAGACACAAGUGAUUAAAAACACUUUCAGAAAUCAUGAAAA